GUCAAAAAAAUUAAUUGAUGAUUAUAAUAAAGAAUCUCAACGGUUUGAAUCAUCUUUUCAUGAAGCGAGUGCUUUUUCAUCCAGCCACAAUGAAACAUAUAACAUCGGUUUUAAAUUACCACAAAUUCAAAUAUCUAAAUUUAAUGGAACAUAUUUUCACUGGCUGGAAUUUCAUGAUACAUUUGAAAGUCUCAUUCAUAACAAUAAUCGAAUUUCAGAUAUACAUAAGUUUCAUUACCUUGUUUCCUACUUAGAAGGAGAGGCAGCACGAAUAAUUUCAAACCUAGAAAUAUCAUCAGCAAACUACUCGGAAGCAUGGAAACUUCUUUGUGACCGUUACAACAAUAAACGUUUGUUAACUAAUCAUCAUUUAAAUUCAUUGUUAAAUAUACAGCCAAUUACACGUGAGUCCGAGAAGUCACUACGUUUCCUGGUAGACCACAUGACAAAAAAUUUACGCGCCUUGUCCAGCUUAGGCCAACCUACAGAUAAAUGGGAUAUGUUACUCAUAUUCAUGUUUUCAUCAAAAUUAGAUAGCCAAACCCUAACUAAGUGGGAAGAAUAUCGGAAUACACUGGAAGAUAUUCCCAAUUUAAAUAAUUUUAAACAAUUUUUAAUAAAUCGUGCAGAUGUACUAGAGGCUAUAAAUAGAACUAAUUACGACAUUAACUCCUCAAACAAAAGGUCACCUACAUUUGCACGCAGCCCUCAGUCUCAAAAGACAAAUAGUGCUAAUAAUAAAAAUACUAAAAAUAUUUCCUAUACAAAAUCUUUUGCUAGUACUAAUUCAGAGCGGACAAACGUAUUUGUAUGCAUUAUUUGCGGUGACAACCAUCGAAUUUAUGAUUGUGCAAUUUUUAAGGCGAAGAGUGUCCAAGAUAAAUUAAGUGACGUUAAGAAAUUUAAAUUAUGCUCUAAUUGUCUUCGUCAAGGUCAUCCGCUUAAUGAAUGUCGAAUGGGACCGUGUCGUGAAUGCAAAAAACGCCACAAUACGUUGCUUCACGAUCCUGACUCUAAUAAAACUUCAUCUACUACUGAAUCUAACAUCGCGGUAAACCAUUCUUCACAAAAUCAGCAACAAGUACUUUUGUCUACCGCACUUAUAGAAGUUUGCAACCCAGUGACAAGGGCAACAUCGAAGGUUCGAGCUCUCCUGGAUUCAGGAAGCCAGUCUUCUUUUAUUUCUUCUUCUCUUAAGGACGAGUUGGCAUUAAACUCAACUCGUAUAGAUAAUUUGCGAAUUAUAGGUAUAGGCAAUAGCAACUGCAAUAAUGUGACUGAGUCAUGCACUAUUAAAAUUAAUUCUAUAAACACGCCUUUUAGCGUUCAAUUGUCUUGUUUAGUAUUAAACGAGUUAACUAGUGGACUACCUAAAACUCCCAUUGAUAUCAAGGCACUAAAAUUGCCAUCUUCUAUAGUCUUAGCCGAUCCUACAUUUUAUCAGCCUUCUAAAGUUGAUGUAUUGAUAGGGGCUGAUCUAUUUUGGCAUGUACUUGGGGGAGAACAAAGAAAUUUAGGUCCUAAUCUUCCAAAAUUGCAUAGUUCCAAAUUUGGCUGGUUGAUUUCCGGUCCUAUAUAUACAAAAGUAAACUACAACUCCGUUCAAUGUAAUCACGCAUCUGUUCUACAAAAUGCAGACGAUGAAAUACAUAGAAUGCUUCCUAUAUUUUGGAAUCUGGAAGAGGUUCCCAAUAAAACUAAAUUGAGCGAUAAGGAUAAAUUUUGCGAAAAACAUUUUUUACUUAAUACCACAAGGCUAGAAAAUGGUAGAUUUUGUGUGAAGCUACCCUUAAUAGAUGAACCCGAUUGCUUAGGUGAUACUUACGCAUUGGCUAAAAAACGUUUUAUUAAUUUAGAAAAAAGAUUUAAACGAAAUCCAACUCUUAAAUUGGAGUAUUCUAAAUUCAUUAAUGAAUACAAAAUCGCCAUCUACAUCCGGUUAUUCUCUUAA